CUUGUGAUUGAAGUAAGAAAAUACGCCUGGAAACGUUGCUGUUGUGGUAAACGAAUCAGUCCUAAUCAAACAGUUCCCGACAUUGCACACACGCACUUGAAGCUAGGAAUGCAUACAAUUCGUUCAUGAAAUGAAUUCUACAUUGUUUACGUCCAAUCUCCAUCUAGGUGCCCUCUCGUCCCUACCGGAACCAGUUUCAACGUUGAACGCUAGUGAACAAAACAAUAAAAAAGAUGUCAUAACGACGGAUAAAGAUUUUGUGCACACUUCUACAGUGCACAAUCACGAAGAAUUGGAUCAUUUAAACGAAUCUGUUUUCGAAGAUGACGACUUUAAAUGGUUUGAUGAUAUCACCACAGGAUUUAUUGUUGUGAACAAAGAAUCGACGCCUCCACCUCCAUUUGAGACGCGAGAUUCCAAUCAAUCCAGUGAAGAUGGCAAACCAACAUCUUCAAGAACCACUUCUGGAUCAUUAAAAGCGGAUUGGGAAAGGAAAUUAGGUCACCGAAGAGUGGGGCAACAUGGGGAAGUGACUUAUAAGAAAAUACAUACUUCUGAAAUCAUGUACUCCAUUCAAUUGGGUAUUAGCCAUGCGAUUGGAGGCCUGGCGCCGAAACCGGAAAGGGACAUUUUGAUGCAGGAUUUCAAGACUAUCGAAUCAGUGGAUCAUUAUUUCCAAGGAUCUCGUCAAACUCCGAAUGCACAUCGUUAUUCUAAUUUUCGGUUCGAAUCAUUCGCUCCCAUGGCAUUCCGAUAUUUUCGCAAUUACUUUGGUAUCGAUCCCCACGAUUUUGUGUUGUCAUUGUGCAAUCAGCCUCUACGAGAACUGAGCAAUCCGGGAGCAAGUGGAUCGAUUUUCUACGUUUCCGCGGACGAUGAGUUUAUCAUAAAAACCGUGCAACACAAAGAAGGAGAAUUCCUUAAAAAAUUACUUCCUGGUUAUAACAUGAAUCUCAACCAAAAUCCGUGCACGCUAUUGCCGAAAUUUUUCGGUUUUUAUUCUUACAUCUGCAAUUCGAAAACAGUGCGGAUGGUUGUCAUGAACAAUUUGCUGCCAUCUUCGAUAAAACUACACGAAAAAUACGAUCUAAAGGGCUCCACUUACAAAAGAAAAGCUUCGGAUAUGGAAAGAAGUAAAAAAGUCCCUACAUUUAAGGACUUGGAUUUCUUGGAAUUACAUCCUGAUGGAAUUAUGUUGGAACCAGAAACGUAUGCAGCAUUGAUUAAGACUAUUCAACGAGAUUGUCGAGUUUUGGAAAGCUUUAAAAUUAUGGACUACAGUCUUUUAUUAGCGAUUCACAAUGUGGAUUUGGCUGCUACAGAAGAAGCAGAGCGUGGGCUCAACAAAUUAGCCAAAGACGAACGAAACGUGACUGAAAAUGCUGGAAUAAGACGAAUUACUAAACCGAAUCAAAAUUCUUCGACCAGUCGUCGAAGAUUAGUGGCCCAUUCCACUGCUUUGGAAAGUAUUCAAAUGAAAUAUGAUGCAGAUGUCGUGACAGAAAAUAUCCCAUCCGGUGGUGUUCCAGCGCGCAACGCUAAGGGUGAAAGACUACUUGUGUUUCUAGGCAUAAUUGACAUUUUGCAGAAUUACCGACUGGAGAAGAAACUUGAACACACAUUGAAAGCUUUGAUUCACGAUGGAGAUACUGUAUCAGUCCACCGCCCUGACUUUUACUCGCAACGUUUCGAAAAUUUUUUGGCGAAUCAAGUUUUCAGAAAAGUUUCAUCAAGUUAGUGGCUAUCUGCAUGAUCCAUGAUUCAAUCGUGCGCGUCAUUCCGAAGCUGGAGGAAAGAUAUUUUGCACUUUGUUUUUGCUUCAUUUUUUUUUACUGCAAGAGGACGUUGGAGUUUGAUUUUUUCUGUUUUAAGUUAUUAGAAUAUCGAAAUGCGAAAUUUCUUGUUAAUAAAAUCACAGAAUGUGAAAACUAUAAAUUAA